AUGACCAUAAACAAAGCUCAAGGACAAACACUUGACUUUGUGGGUAUUUACUUAAAGGAGUCGGUAUUUUCACACGGACAGCUAUAUGUUACACUCCCAUGUGCAAAAAGAGCUGCAGCAGUGAAAGUACUUAUUAAGCCUGCUUAUUUUGAUAUGCCUAACAGUGAGCGUACAAAGAAUAUAGUUUAUAGAGAAGUGAAAAUGCCUAGACACAUUUCUUUAGUGCUGGAUAUCAAGAAAAAUACAAAACAUUGGAAUGUCAUUGUCCAGGUUAUUGAGAGGAAUCAUGUCCAUGUUACCAAGUCAUCCAAGAACAUGAGACGCAUUUUGGCCACUGAUGCAUAG